AUGACAACCAUCAAGAAGGGUGAAGAGCGAUUGCACUCUACGCGAAAAAGAAAUCUCUUUUUGUCUGUUGACGGCUCUUCGCUUGCGCGUCUUACAUCCAUUCAUCCUUCAUCAACACAUGCGCAGUCGCUCAUCGCCCGUUGGAAAGAUACACUAAUAGGACGACUGGAUAAGAUAAAUGAAGAGAACGACCAGUUGGUAUUUGGUUAUUUGGAGAGAAUGUUUCAGACGACGUUAAGCAAAGCUGACAUAGUUAUGAAUAAUCUGUCCAGAGAAUCCAAUCUACCAGAUAUGGGACAAGUCAGUGAAAAUAUUAAAGUCGGUAAUUGA